AGCGUUUUGUAUUGUAAAUAUUUGAUUUAAUUAAGUAGAUACCUACAUAAUUCAGUAUGGAAAAGAACAAACGACGAUCAAUAUCGUACAACAGCACAAUUGCUGUUUUUGGUUGCUUGAACUCUUCAAUAACACACCCAGAGAUAUCAUUUUUUAAAUUAUCUGAAAUAUUGGAAAGGUGUCUUAGUACGUUAUUUGUUUUUAAUAUUUAGGUAUUUCGGUUUUUCCAUCGGGCAUAAUAUCUGGAAUAAUAUAUAAAUAAGUGGUUAGGAUGAAAAAAGAGACAAACGAGUAAUCUACCUAUACUCGCGUUAAAAACAAAACUACAUAAAAUACUGUAGGCUGGCGGCCCUACCGCGUGCCAACGCAGCGUUCGGUGUAGGCAUUUAUUUUCAAGGACAGGGCGGAGUCACAAUACUGUAUAGAUAAUAUUACCGUGCCUAUGUGCAGCAGUGGACUAAGAUAGGCUGUUAAUGAUGAUGAUGAGUAUAACAUUAUUUUUUCAUCAUUUUCUGUUACCAAAGUCACACUUUUGUAACUUAAAAAUAAUGUGUACAUUUUUUUUACUUUUCCACCUGGAAUACUCGCCAAUUCUCGGCUUGAGGUCCCUUUCAGGUCUCGCCGUCCCCAAACCCGGUGACGGCAUAGACUCGAUGACACGAGGCGAGUUACAAACUACAAGCCAGCGAGUUUGUAAACUCGCUCCAUAUUUCCAAAGUCACAACAAUAAGCCUAGCCCCAAAGUAAGCACUGUAAGGCUUGUGUUAUGGGAUACUAGGGUAACAGACAGAAUACAUAUACUGUACAUGUAUAAGUAUAUUUAUAUAGAAAUACAUAUUAAACAUCCGUGACUGGAGUACAAAUGCUCGUAUUCAUCACACAAACAUCUGCCCCCACCGGAAUUCGAACCAGGAACCUCUCGACUUUGCGACACCAUGAAACCUGGUGUACAAACCACUCGGCCACCAAGGUCGUCAGUUGAUGAAAGCAGCAGUACAAGUUAGGGUUGAUAAAAGUACAAGGUCUGAAAUAUAGCACCAAAGUUUGUGUGAAAACAAAAAGUUGCUUUACAAAAAGAAGAAGUCACAGAAAUUCAUUCGUAUUUUAAUACACUGAUAGUAAACAUUGGUGUCGAUUCUGGCAUGGUUCUCUAAACCUAAACCUUAAUUUAACAACAGUGUAUCCUUGUCAUUCUCUACAUAGAAUGAAAGGGAGAGACUGAUGUUAAAUUUAGUUUUAAGUUUAGAGAAUCAUGCCAGAAUUGACAACAUUGUUCAUUCAUACAUUUUGGUGAGACUUGUGUCCCGUUAUUAAAAAAUAAUGAAGACAACCAAAACGCAAGUGGCCAUUUGUAAAAGUAUAUUUAUUUUGUUACUGUAGUUUGAUUUAUUUAUUAUUUGAGGGGUUGGUGAACAUAAUGAUAUAAUUACAUAAAAUUAAAUUUUACUGGAGCAGUAAAAACUGAAUGACAUACCUACAGUGAGCUUUUGGCAUGAUUGUUAAUUUAUAAAUUUCAAAUUCAGUAAGCACAAAACCUCCGGACUUUCAAAAAACGAAUUUUGAUCAUAUGCGUAAUUACCUAUACUGUUUUGUUCGCUAGCUCCUUAUUUAAGGUUUGACAUUAAGUCAUGGAAUUAAGAUUAAUUAGGUUAUUCGACAUAGUUUUAAGUUAAUUAAUUAAUGGUGUCGAUUCUGGCUUGAUUCCCGAAAGGGAAUACUAAAUUUAACAUCAGUCUCUCCUCUUCAUUACGUAUAGAGAAUGAAAAGGAUUCACUAUUGACAAAUUUAAUUUAGAUUUAGAGAAUCACGCCAGAAUUGACACCACUGUGUGUUUAUUUGUAUAUUAUAAGAAUAAGCCAAGUAAUUGCCUAGUGGUCAAAAGUCAACCUUUUUAUGCAAAUGACCUAAAAAGAGUCUAAUGGUUUUACUUCUUAGUAAACUCUUCUAUUAUCAUUGUGAAUUCUUUCAAACAGUUAGGUUUGUAAGUACCUUAUAGUAAUAUAAGUUAUUUACGGGAUUGUUACGAUGUACCUUGUUUUUCGCGAGUUACUCCAUGAUCAUGGCGCUUGCAACAGUGCCGAAAUAUCGGAAACUCGCGAAAAACAAGGUACAUGGUAACAAUCCCAUAAAUAACUUAUAUUACUAUAAUGUUAGUGACCAUGAAAGUUUAAAACAAUAUAUUGUAAGUACCUAUUUAAAAAUAUUCUUAAUACAAAUAGUCUUUGUGUGUGUGUCAAAUACAUGUUAGUUGUGUAAUAUUUGUUUAUUUUAUCAAUUCAAUGUAUUUAUAAUGCAUUAUUAUACAAUCAUAUUUGAUUUCUACACACCUUCUACAUAGAAUCUUAUUUACCAAAAUAGCACAUGCUUGUAUGAGCUAAGUGUGCUUAAAAAGUUGCUUAAGUUUUUCUUUCAGAUGUUAAUGAGGCCAGCAGUCAAAAUGAUGCGAGUUUUUAGUUUAGUAAGAAUUUGACACAACCUUACAGCUGGCUGUUGGGUAUCAUAGACAGAUUUCUGACCCAGGGGAGAUGAUGCAGGCAUCAGAGGAUAAACUUCCAGACUUGUAGAAGUUAUAAGAAGAAAAGUGAGUACCAAUAACUACCCAGUAUAAAAUAGGUAAAGCAAUAAACACCCACCACUCCGCACUGGACAGUCAUGCCACGAGGCUUGUGGUGGGUCAUGGCCCAGUCUCCCUAUUCUAUCCAUAGAAAAGGCCUGACCCCAGCAGUGGGGACAUUAAUAGGCUGAUGAUGAUAAAAAAGGUUAAUAUUAUUCCAAGUUGUAAACCAAGUCAGUAUGUUUAAUUACCAAAUAUGCUUAUAACUAUUUGUGGUCAGCCUCAAGCGUUAUCUAGCCGUUUCACAGCGUCAGUGAACGAAACUUACAUAUUUUAAUUAUGUAAAGCCGCAAUUCACACUUUCUCCCACUACCAAAGUAACAUAGAAAACAAUGAAUGAAAAGUGUAUUGUACACAAUUACACAUAGAUUCUGAUUACUCACGUCGUACGGUGCAUUUUUUUCGGCGAUUGAAGUUCUGUCACGAUCUGUAAAGAGAAAACCAGCACUAAAUAGGACACCCAAAAUUGAAUGCACUGAACUUGGACCGAAAAAUGCGAUUAUGCCACAGGAAUGUUGUAUAAUCGAUGCCGUAUUAUUAGAUUUAGUUAUGCACUACCAUCGUCUUCGGAACUAGAAGGCCCUGUUGCGCUUUCAGUCCUUUUGGUAACAGUGCUAUCCAUCACUUCAAUAUGAUCAGUGUCUCCCGAAGCCAUUUUUGUUUUCCUGUAACACCCCCUAUUUUCAAGUCUUUCGAUUCAAUGAAUGCACAAUGAUAAUUUUCAUGGCUCACAUCACACUUGCAUAGCUAACACAACGGUUCACUUUAAUUUAAUUAGAAGAAAUCAAUUAGUUUACGAGAAAACGCUCGCCCGAAGCACCCAACUGACACGACCGCUCAUAGUCACUGGGUUGCCAUUUUUAAAAAUUUGACACCAUUCCACUAAUUUUUGACACUAGUGAUGUAGUUAGUAGUAUUCGAAUCGGCUUAGUCUAGAAACCGGUACUAGAACAGCUUGGGUAGAACUAUGGAAGGGUUAAUUUAAUUACGGCAACACCAAACCACGCCAUCUUUAUUUCCUUUCCGUCAUUCCCUUUGCCGCGGUAAGAGUUUUAGGUUAUUUUUCUUAUCUUAGCGUCUCUUCAAUUAAAAAGAGUUGUUUGUUUAAACUUCUUUGAAAUCUGGAUACCGAAGUUUCUAAUAUUAGUGUACGGUCAUUUCUGGUUGCAGUGGAAAAAGCCCGUUGCGUUGGUAGUGUUUGAACAAUUUACAUUUCGGUUUGCGGCGUUCUUUGAUAAUGGGCAAAAAAGUGAGAGAAUACAAGUCGGGCGACUUUAUUUUCGCCAAAGUUAAAGGGUAUCCAGCAUGGCCAGCCAGGGUUCAAAAGAUGAAUGGGAAAAAAUACUUUGUAUAUUUUUAUGGCACUGGUGAGACUGCCAACCUCCCACCGAACAUGAUAUUUGACUAUGCAGAGAACAAAGACAAGUUCCUAACAAAAACUGUGAAACGCAGAGACUUCAAUGAUGGUGUGAAACAGAUAGAACACGACUUUGCCAACAAUGUGCCUUUGGAGCAAGUCAUUGGUGCUAUCGCUGAGCCACCAGCUGAAGCAAAUGACUCGGCCAACGACACAGGGAACUCAACCAUGGACGAUACAAUGGCUGACACCACAGCGGCCGAUGAGACUGUUGAUGAGAUCGCUGCCAACACCACACAGAACGAAAACGCUAUAGAAGACUCCGAUGAAGCAGGACCGCUUGUUAUUGACGAAGGAAAGGGUGCCAAGAGUGCUACAAGCCGCUUCGACUCGUCUAUCGAUGAGCUGAUCGUUGAAUUAACCAAUGGACGCAAUGGGAGUCAAAAUGACGAUAAGGGAGGAAAAUCCAAAGCUGACGCGAUCAAAACUCCAGCCAAGGAAGCGGUUAAGGCUAAAGAACCUAAGACACCCAGAGGGAAAGCCAAGAAGGAAGAAGCCAAAGAGGAAGAAGAGGCCAAGAAGGAAGAGGAGAUCGUCAGCAGAAGCGGUCGGAAGAUACGACCCAAGAGAUACAUUGACGAACAAACUGAAGAGAACACCACUCUCCCCUCCCCAGUGCCGAAGAAGAAGAGAGCCGUUUCCCCCCCUCCCGCAGAAAAGGACGGAGAUAAAGAGAAAGAGAAGGUCGAACCGACGAAGGAAAAACCCGCAGCCAAGCUUUUCAAUGCUGUCACACAGUCCGAGCUUGAGGAUCUGAAAGAGCCAUUCAAACCAGAAGACUCUGACAAGGACAACAUAUUGAUCACAUACUUGCCCACCGGCCUCUAUGUGGGAAUAAAGCUGUUCCAAUCCAAACCCAGCUCGUUCAAGAACGACGCAGCAAGACUGGCCUGGGAGAAACAGUCUGCGAGCAAUUCUAUCACGUUGAAACAACAACUGGAAAGAGGUCAAAUCACCCCACAGUCGGUGGCCGCUCAACUUGUGAUGGAUUUGAACCUGACCGAUGAAGAGAAAGCUUCUUUGGACAAAGAACGGGAGACUGAGGAGAAAAAGUCGAGAGUGCAGUUUUUGAAGACAGAAAUGAAAUUGAUCGAACUGGACGCUAAAAUCAAGACGUGCCUGUGUCUGGAGAAGGCAGACACCGAGCUGUGUCUGAAAUUACUCGACGAACUUAAUGACUUAGACGUUAAACCCCUAAUGUUACUAAAACACCCGUCCUGUUUGGAAACUGUUAAACGCAUGAGGGCUUACGUUGGAAAUACACCUUCUUGGGACUUGUCCGAACAAGCGGCCAUACAAUUCAGUAAACAGGCGCAUAAGAUCAGGAAGCAGGCGGAUUCUCUCUACACACAUAUGAAGACUCUGUUCACAACGCCGGAGGGUCUGUCCUUCUGGGAAUUCUUCUCGGAGAGAGUGUUGCACUUCAAGAAAGUCACAUCGGCGAUGUCUGCCGACGAAUUAUUGGAGCUAGUGCACGAACCACCAGAAAUGUCGAUACCAACAUCUCAUACGAUGAAAACUGCUAUAGAAGCCGCGAAUGAACAAGAGCCACCGACACAAGAAGAGGAAACGAAAGAAAAGGACAAAAAGAAAUCCACACCAGUUAAAGCCAAGAAGCCAUCAACGAACAGCACGCCAUCAAAGCCUUCAACGAAACGACAAUCGUCCAGAAACAAACAGCAGGAAGAGAAGGACGCCAAAAAGAGCGACGCAGAAGACAAACCAGAGGAGACCACAGACAAACCACCAGAGAACGACAAAGAGGAAUUACCAAUUGACAAUAAAGAGAAGGAAUCCAGCAAAGAAGAUGUCGCAUCAACAACGAACGAAGAAGUUACAAAUACAAAUAAAGAAGUUACCAACGAAAAUAACGUGGAAGAUAAGGAGAAAGAAAUACCAGAGAAGGAGAUUGAGAACACGAGUAAAGAACUGGAUAACGAGACGGGCAAAGACAACGGAGCGAGUGAGAAAGAGACUGUUAGCGAGGAGAAGGAAAAGCCGAAUGAUAAGAAAGAGAGGAACGAUAAAAGCAAGGAGGUGAAGCAGGACGGCGAAUCUAAAGAGGACGGUGAGAAGGACAAAGACAUCGCUGAACCUAGAGCGAAGCGCUCGAGAGAGAGCAAGAAGACUGAACCACCCCCUCCAAGAUCGCCGGCCAAAAGAAAAUCUAAAGUCUAAAAAAGUGUUGCCAUGCAGCGCAAAAUAAUGUGUACGUCUAAAAUUGGAUUUUAUUUUUUUACACGAGCAUUGCUGAUUUUCAAACGAAACGGCAACAGUUCUAAAAUCCUAAUUGUUAAUGUAAAAAUUGUUUCAUAAGUCUAGAGUUAACUAUGUUAUUUACGGUUAGCAAAAACAAAAAUAACUUGGAAACAAAAAGUUACGGUAAAAUGAAUUUUCAAAGCUCAACGUAAGUUAUAGAAAUAAGUAAGUCUUUCGCGAGAAAAAAUUCAUAAUUGCUUGAUUUUUUGAAACAAA